AUUCUCUACAGUUUUAAACCAUUUCGGUUUGAAUUUGUCUUGUUGCCUUAGGUGACAAAUGAACAGAUAUUUACAACGCUAGGAAAGCUAAAGAAGGACUAAAAAAAAGAGAAAGAUUUAAAUAAGAUCAACUUUAAAAAGAAAGAGAGAGAUUUAAACCCUGCUGUCAAGACAGGAUCAACGUGCUUGCAUGCAAGCCCCUUCCCUCGUCCUGCGUCGACUUCAGAGCACCAUGCAGCAUCCUCUGACGGGUGCAACCUGCGUGGCACUGCCUAACGUGGGCAUGUGCCCACAGCUGUCUUGUGCCUUGACUUUCAUGUACUUGCAGCAGGGUAAUCAGGAAGCUACAGCACCCCCUGAUACAAUGGCGCAACCUUAUGGUUCAGCUCAGUUUGCUCCACCCCAAAAUGGUAUUCCGGCAGAAUAUACAACUCCACAUCCACAUCCUGCUCCAGACUACACAGGCCAGACCACAGUUCCAGACCACACAUUAAACAUGUACCCUCCACCGCAGACACACUCCGAACAGAGUGGCACGGACACAAAUGCACAAACUGUCUCGGGCACAGCUACACAGACAGAUGAUGGUUCUCAGACGGAUGGCCAGCAACAGACACAGUCCUCCGAAAACACAGACAACAAAACGCAGCCCAAGAGACUCCAUGUUUCAAAUAUCCCCUUCAGGUUUAGAGAUCCAGAUCUUAGACAAAUGUUUGGGCAAUUUGGUAAAAUCUUAGAUGUUGAAAUCAUUUUUAAUGAGCGAGGCUCAAAGGGAUUUGGUUUCGUAACUUUCGAAAAUAGUGCCGAUGCGGACAGGGCGCGAGAGAAAUUACACGGCACCGUGGUAGAGGGUCGUAAAAUAGAGGUAAAUAAUGCAACAGCCCGAGUCAUGACAAACAAAAAGACAGUGAAUCCUUACACAAAUGGCUGGAAGUUAAAUCCAGUUGUUGGUGCAGUUUAUAGUCCAGAAUUCUAUGCAGUGCCAGGUUUUCCUUACCCUGCCGCAACAGCAGCUGCUGCUUACAGAGGAGCUCACCUCAGAGGGCGAGGCCGAACAGUCUACAACACUUUCCGUGCUGCUGCGCCCCCACCUCCCAUCCCAGCUUACGGAGGUGUUGUCUACCAGGAUGGAUUCUAUGGGGCAGAUAUAUAUGGAGGGUACACCGCUUACCGAUAUGCACAACCAGCCACCGCUACUGCAGCUGCAUAUAGCGACAGUUACGGACGAGUUUAUGCUCCCGACCCCUACCACCACACACUUGCUCCAGCAGCCACCUACGGCAUUGGUACCAUGAAUGCUUUUGCACCCUUCACUGAUGCCAAGACUAGGAGCCAUGCUGAUGAUGUCGGUCUCGUUCUCUCUUCAUUGCAGGCUAGUAUAUACCGAGGGGGAUACAGCCGUUUUGCUCCAUACUAAAUGACAAAACCAUAAAACUCUUCCAGUGUGGGGAAAAAAAAGAAGCUUUCCGAGGCCUGGGUAUUGCAAUACAUGCAGUAGUGCAUCAUUUUAGCAACUCUAAAAAAUAUAUAAAAAUGAAUAAAACACAAAAAGAGGAAAAUUACAUUUUUUAUCUUAUACCUCAGAUAUUUUGUUCUGUGUAUUUUAAUAUUGUGGGUCUUUAAUUUCUGAAGGUUCUGUAGAUUGAUUGUUGGCUGUAGAUUUUUUUGUGGUUGAUCUAGAAAGCUAUUACUGUAGAUAUGAAUAAAAACCUAUUUUAGGGCCACAAUCGAGAGUGCUAUAACAUGUAAAUUUAUUAUAUAUGCUAAAUAUUAAGCUAUUGGAAUUAUCACAUUUUGUAAGAGUGUAAGUGACUAUAGUAGUCAUUUUUCUGCAUUUGCAUAUAUUUAAGUUUAUUUGGGAGGGCUAAAAUAUGAAAUACUGUCAAAAAAAGCAAAAAGGGGCUACCACUGCACCAAUUCUCAUUUAUUGACUGUAUUAUUGAAUUUCCAGCCAAAGGCUAAAUUAAAAUUUGAAAACGAUGUCUCUUUGCAAAUAAAAUCUGAUGAAAUGCUGUCAUAGGAACAAUUUUAAAGCAUUGUAUUAGAUUAUAUUCUGCUUAAAAUAUAUUGUCAAAAAUAAUAAUUUGAAACAAGUAAAAAAUAAGAUGUACAAAUUAAAAAUUCACAAAAAUAGACCAUCAUUCUUUUUAUAUUUCUUCCAAUAUAAUUAAUGACUGAUAUCAUUGAUGACUUUUAUAAUAUGGGUGGGAAACAUUAUUAAAAAGUUAUAAAAACAGUUUCUAUUUUUUUUCUUUUUCAUUUUGAAAGUUAAAAAUAGAAAGUAAUACAAUUUAAAAUCUUUAUACCAGUAAAAAUGUAUAAAAAUUUACAUCUGUGCAGUGGAAUUGUACGUUCUAGAAAAAAAAAAUAUACAGAGCCUUUAAUGCUUUAGUUUUAGCCUUGUAGAACAACUGUUAGAGACAGACGUAUCAUUUUUAUGGAAAUACAUACUAAAUAUAUUGAGAUUUAUAUAUCAUUUUACAAGUAUAGCAACCAUUAAGUAGGGAUAAUCAUGGUAUUUUCAAAUGCUUAGACUUUUUUGAAAACAUUACUAUAUUGUGUAAAGAAUCUGCAAUUUUUCAGUUUGUAAAAAUUAAAUCACCACUUUGAUUGUUUUUUUGUGUUACUCAUAUUUUGUUUACAACUUUCAUUGAUGGACACAUCUGCUAAUAUUCAGACAUUAUGCACUAAUAAUCAUCAUUAAAAAUAUAACUCAACACUCUAAAAACAGUAAGUCAUUGUCAGAUUAGGUUUUAAAAUCUACACUUUCUGUUGACCAGAUACACAUUUAAUAUAAUUUUCUGCAAUCAGAAAUGUUGAGUGAAAACUUAACAUCUAUAUUUUAGUGGUCAGUUUCUUACAACCAUGAAGUUUUGACUAUACGUUGAAAACUCAUUUACAUGCUUUAUUUUUCCAAACAAUUACGGUAUUUAAUAUUAUUUCCUAUUAUUUCAUAGAAAUACACCAAAACACUGGAUUGGAUUGAGAUCAGUUUUAUACCACUUAAACAGAGUGCUGUAUAUCAUUUAUUUUGAAACAGAAUUUAAUAAAACAAAUAAGAACAUUAAUAAAUAUCAUUCUAAAGAAAGGACAUCAAGCUCAUAUGUACAUGAAUGGUACCUUAUUUAUCUUUAAAUACAGGUUAUAACUUGCUAAAUAAACAUUUGUGUAAUGUAGAGGAAAUAUAAGAAGCUUGAAAUGCUAUAAGUAAAUAUAUUUUAUAUUAUUAAGAAUAAAAAAUAACUAUUGCAGUACGUGAAAACAGUUAAAAACACUUUAACACUUCAUUUGCUUGUAAUUAACACCUUCAUGUAUUACUAACAAAGUAAUGGAAUAUAAUGCAUAUUUGAAUACACUUUCAACCCUAUUAGAAAAGUCUUUGAAAUAACAAUACAAAUGUCAGUAAAAUGACAUGAAAUAUAUAACUUCUCAAAAAUCCAACUACAAAAUUUGCUGAACAUCAAUAAUAAAGGUAGCUAACUUCAAAAAAGUUACUGUUCCUAGAAAAAUUCCAUAAUUGAAAAUAAAAUAAUUUCCAUUAAAUUUAGAUCCCAUUAUGCCGCCAUUUCAUGAACUGAAAAAUUGCAGCUUAUCUGUGCAUAUGUUUAGAAUCUUUUCAUGUUGUCCUGUUUACAAGCUAAGUUUAGCUGGGGUGGUUGUCAGGGGUUCUGUUUUUUGUAUUUGUAAAAAAAUAAAUAAAAAUAAAAUGAAUUGGAAAAAAUAUUAAUUAGGACUAAUAUUUUGUCCUGAUCUGAUUUUUUUCCCUUUCAUUUUCAUUGCAGAUGAUUAUAUCCAUAUAUAUAAUGUCCAUAGAGACAAGACAAGCACUAUAUUAAAUUAUCAACACACUGCUGUAAAACUACCAAGUUGCUAUAAAAACUGCUUAAAAAUACAAGUGUUUGUGGUCAGAUUUUCUCUUUGUCAUCGUACGUGCAUGCAAGUAAAAUCAGUUGAAAAGAUAUCCAUCAAUUAAGAUUCACAAAUCAUGAAAGGUUUUCUGUAGCAUUUGUAAGAAUAGGGAUGAAAUAUUAUGUUUAGUAAAUAAAAAAGAUAAAAAGGUGCAAAAUCAAAUAAACUUUACUGUAUUAUGUCUUAUUUUCAUUGUGGAAAGAUGUUCUAUCACAAAGGAAAAUUAUAUUCCAUGAAAGUCUAUUUAAACUUUAUGCAAAUCCAAUUUGAAAUGUACUGUAAAACUCGGGAUAAAGCAAACUAAUAUUUUUUUAAUAGAUCAGCAUCACUACAAAAAAAGCAGUUGAAGUUUGCAUCAUUUUUUAGACGCCUUAUAUUAAAAUUAAAUUUUAAAAUUAUUUAAAAUUUGCUGAUGCAAUUAAAUUAUGUGUAUAUUCUCCCAAUUAUGGUUGUCAUUUGCAAAUAAGAAAAGUAAUCCACUUGUCUUGGAAAAAUCUUAAAAACAAAACAAAAAAUAACAUUGAAAAUGUUUGUUUUAUAAAAUUAUAUUUUUUGUUUUCAUUUAUUUUUGUUUUUUACAAUAUAUAUAUUUGGAAUGUUUUCAUGUAUAUAAAUAACUACUGACUCUAUCAAUAAUGAAAGAAUUGAUACCAUGUGUGGAUUAUAGUGGUUCAAAGCAGUUUAAAUAAGAAAUCUUCAAACUCAGAAAAUGUGUAUAUCUGUCUUUAGAAAUGAGUGUUUAUAUCACUACAGUGGUUUGUGAAUAAAGAACAAUGGUUUGUAAUAUUAAACAAAUAAAAGCCUAGUCUGAAAAUGUAUAAAUAA